AUGGCACCUAGCUACAUGUCAACACUCCCGUGCUCAAGAACCUUUUUUCCCCGUGGAGUCCCCGCCCUCAUGGCACCUAGCUACAUGUCAACACUCCCGUGCUCAAGAACCUUUUUUCCCCGUGGAGUCCCCGCCCUCAUAGCUACAUGUCAACACUCCCGUGCUCAAGAACCUUUUUCCCCGUGGAGUCCCCGCCCUCACGGCACUAGCUACAUGUCAACACUCCCGUGCUCAAGAACCUUUUUCCCCCGUGGAGUCCCCGCCCUCACGGCACCUAGCUACAUGUCAACACUCCCGUGCUCAAGAACCUUUUUUCCCCGUGGAGUCCCCGCCCUCACGGCACCUAGCUACAUGUCAACACUCCCGUGCUCAGAACUUUUUUCCCGUGGAGUCCCCGCCCUCACGGCACCUAGCUACAUGUCAACACUCCGUGCUCAAGAACCUUUUUUCCCCGUGGAGUCCCCGCCCUCACGGCACCUAGCUACAUGUCAACACUCCCGUGUCAAGAACUGCUUAGGUCAGUGUCAAGAACCUUUUUUUCCGUGGAGUCCCCGCCCUCACGGCACUAGCUACAUGUCAACACUCCGUGCUCAAGAACCUUUUUUUCCCCGUGGAGUCCCCGCCCUCACGCACCUAGCUACAUGUCAACACUCCCGUGCUCAAGAACCUUUUUUUUCCCGUGGAGUCCCCGCCUCAUGGCACCUAGCUACAUGUCAACCUCCCGUGCUCAAGAACCUUUUUUCCCCGUGGAGUCCCCGCCCUCACGGCACCUAG